CCAUCACCACCACACACUCCACGAGGCGCCCAAGUUCACCGUGGAGACGCUGGAGCACACGGUCAACAACGACUCCGAGAUCUGGGGGCUCCUGCAGCCUUACCAGCACCUCAUCUGCGGGAAGAACGCCAGCGGAGUGCUGUGCCUGCCAGACAGCCUGAAUCUGCACAGGGACCCGCAGCGGUCAAACAAGCCGGGAGAAAUGCCCAUGUUCAGCCAGUCGGAGCUGAGGACCAUCGAGCAGUCCUUGCUGGCCACCCGCGUGGGCAGCAUCGCAGAACUGAGCGACCUGGUGUCCCGAGCCAUGCACCACCUGCAGCCCCUCAAUGCCAAGCACCACGGCAACGGCACCCCCCUGCACCACAAGCAGGGGGCGCUCUACUGGGAGCCUGAGGCCCUGUACACCCUUUGCUAUUUCAUGCACUGCCCGCAAAUGGAGUGGGAAAAUCCCAACGUGGAGCCUUCCAAAGUCAACCUCCAGGUGGAAAGAUGAGGAAACUGAGAUGCAGCGAGGUUAUACAACUUCACAUAU